UUUCUUCUGGUCGUUUAGCCCUUGGCUGACUUACAGCCUGCCUUUUCCUUGAUUUUCCCGGCGACGACCCCCGCAGCGUGGAACCUUUGAGCGUGGUCUCCAGCGAGCGGUAGCGCUUCGGUAGCGCAACACUCACGAUGCCGCCGAAGUCGAGGUUUACGAGGCUGGACGCCUUUACAAAGACGGUCGAGGAUGCGCGGAUUAGGACAACGUCAGGAGGCAUCAUCACGAUCGUGUCGAUCAUCGUCGUGUUGUUCCUCGCCUGGGGUGAAUGGGCGGACUAUCGGCGGGUGGUCGUGCACCCGGAGCUGAUCGUGGACAAGGGCAGAGGCGAGCGGAUGGAGAUCCACCUCAACAUCACGUUCCCUCGGGUCCCUUGCGAGCUGCUCACCCUCGAUGUCAUGGAUGUCUCAGGGGAGCAGCAACACGGCGUUCAGCAUGGCGUGACGAAGACGAGGCUACGGCCGCUGAGCGAGGGCGGGGGUGACAUUGACUCAAAGGCGCUGGCGCUACACGCGGCGGACGAGGCCGCCAUCCACCUCGACCCCUCGUACUGCGGCCCCUGCUACGGCGCGAAGCCGCCGACUACCGCGAAGAAGCCCGGCUGCUGCAACACGUGCGACGAGGUCAAGGAGGCGUACGCGCAGCAGGCCUGGGCCUUCGGCAGGGGCGACGGGAUCGAGCAGUGCGAGCGCGAGCACUACGGCGAGAGGUUGGACGAGCAGCGGCGCGAGGGCUGCCGCAUCGAGGGCGGGCUGCGCGUGAACAAGGUGGUGGGCAACUUCCACAUCGCGCCCGGCCGCAGCUUCAGCAACGGCAACGUGCACGUGCACGACCUCAAGAACUACUGGGACACGCCGACCAAGCACACCUUCACCCACAUCAUCCACCACCUGCGCUUCGGCCCGCAGCUGCCCGACAGCCUGCACAAGAAGCUCGGCACCAAGCACCUGCCCUGGACGAACCACCACCUCAACCCGCUCGACGGCACCAGCCAGGAGACGGACGACGUCAACUUCAACUACAUGUACUUCAUCAAGAUCGUCCCGACCUCGUACCUGCCGCUCGGCUGGGAGAAGACGUGGGCCGGCUUCCGCGAGGAGCACCAGGCCGAGCUCGGCUCCUUCGGCACCUCGGCCGACGGCAGCGUCGAGACGCACCAGUACUCGGUCACCAGCCACAAGCGGAGCCUGGCCGGCGGCGACGACGCCGCCGAGGGCCACCGGGAGCGCCUGCACGCCAAGGGCGGCAUCCCGGGCGUCUUCUUCUCUUAUGACAUCUCGCCGAUGAAGGUCAUCAACAGGGAGGAGCGGUCGAAAACGUUCCUUGGGUUCAUCGCUGGCCUGUGUGCUAUCGUCGGAGGCACCCUGACAGUCGCGGCCGCUGUCGACCGGGCGCUGUUCGAGGGCACGGUUCGUCUCAAGAAGCUGCGGUCGAAGGAUCUCUGAGGCGGACCAAGGGCGAAGGGGGAAUGUAUAUCUAUACAAGACUAUUGGUUUAUGAUGAUCUUGCAGCUGUUGUGCUUGUUGUUGUUUACUGGCGGUUUUG